AUGCCAAACUGGACCAAAUAUGUCCCGACCGAGUGGCCACCACCCGCCGACGUAAUCCCGAAGGAGCCAGAAGAAGGUGACUACCCGACGCGCCGGGAGUACGGGGAGGCGGUAUACCUACGGUCUCGGGUCAUGAAGCAAUGGAGGAAAAACUAUGGACUGGCGCAGCGCACGACGGAGCCACGGGCGGAUACAGCAGGAAUCGACACGCGGGAACAAUUGGCAGCACGGCGAAAACGUGGCAAGGACCGACUGGGAUGGACGAGGAGACGCCGGAAGGGGGGAGGCAAAAGGUUGCCCUACGUGGUGACCGGGAAUAUCAUCCAUCCCAAUAACGUGGUGCCCAGCACCCAAUGA